AUGAGUGCGUUCUUUGAUUUUGAAACGAUCGCCUACGUGCUUCUUCUUGUCAUUUGCACGGCGACUUACCUGCGACAGUAUCGGCCUACACUUUUUCAUCGUGAUCAUAAUGAGCUUUACCGCAAGUUUCUUUACAAGUGUAGUGUCAUUGGCGAUAGACUUUCUUUGUGGGUAGCGCUUGGCUGUUUUGUCAUUGCGAUGAGGAUGCUCUUUGUGUACUAA